CGCUUCCUCCUCCGCCUCUCCGCACCUCUCGCAGCUCCGCCUCCUCCUCCUCGUCCACCCCUCCUCUCUCGGUCGCCUCUCCCGGUAGAUCUGGUGUCAGGUUUCGCUGCGCCGGCGGCCGGGGGGACGAAGAAGAGGGGGAGGACAGGAUGGGGAACCCGCAUGGCGGCCUCGACGAGGAGAUCGAGCAGCUCUUGCAGUGCAAGCCCCUCGCCGAGCCAAAGCUGAAAGCACUGUGUGAGAAAGCUAAAGAGAUUCUCAUGGAGGAAAGCAAUGUUCAGCCUGUGAGAAGCCCUGUCACUAUAUGCGGUGAUAUUCAUGGUCAGUUUCAUGAUCUUGCGGAACUAUUCCGGAUCGGUGGGAAGUGUCCCGAUACAAACUACCUAUUUAUGGGAGAUUAUGUGGACCGUGGUUACUAUUCUGUUGAAACUGUAUCGCUUCUGGUGGCUUUGAAAGUUCGCUAUCCACAGAGAAUUACAAUUCUUAGAGGAAAUCAUGAGAGCAGACAGAUCACUCAAGUUUAUGGAUUUUAUGACGAGUGCUUACGGAAGUAUGGAAGUGCCAAUGUAUGGAAAACCUUCACGGAUCUUUUUGACUAUUUACCAUUGACAGCAUUGGUUGAGUCGGAGAUAUUUUGUCUGCAUGGUGGACUAUCACCAUCCAUCGAGACACUUGAUAACGUUCGAAGCUUUGAUCGUGUCCAAGAAGUCCCUCACGAGGGGCCGAUGUGUGACCUUCUAUGGUCUGAUCCUGAUGACCGAUGUGGUUGGGGCAUUUCACCACGUGGUGCUGGAUACACAUUUGGCCAGGAUAUUUCAGAACAAUUUAACCAUACCAAUGGCCUUAAGUUAAUAUCAAGAGCUCAUCAGUUGGUUAUGGAGGGAUUCAACUGGGCACACGAGCAAAAGGUUGUGACAAUAUUUAGUGCACCUAACUAUUGUUACCGCUGCGGUAACAUGGCGUCGAUCUUGGAGGUGGAUGAUUGCAGGGAGCAUACUUUCAUCCAGUUCGAGCCUGCCCCACGGAGAGGAGAGCCUGACGUGACUCGAAGAACGCCUGACUAUUUCUUGUAAAUGUAGUUUAGGUUAUUUGUUUUUUUUUUCCACGGGAUAGCUUAGGUUAUUCCGGCAACAAACAAAAAAAGCGUGUGAUAGCUAGAUGCGUCUGUGUGUUGUCAUAAUUUUUUGUUUGGAUCUCAUCCUCAAGUAAAGUGGGUCAUUCUGUUAGCUUAACUCCUGUUGUAAUCGCCCAGUUGUAAUCUGCUCUUGUUGGGCUCAGGGGUGUGGUGUUGGAUAAAAGGAGUUAAUCCUCAUGCAGUAAUUUUUAUUA